CAAAGUUUGGCUACAUAAAGAGCCCUUUAGCUCCAACCUUGUGAUUGUAAGAGUCACACUAAAGUGAGCUCGAGCACGGCACCCCAGCCCUGGCCGUAAGGCACCUGCAGGAAAAUGACCCUCCAGCCAUUAACUGCAGUGAACUGUGCAGGCCUCGUACAGCCUGGCCUCUCUCUGCUGCAGCUGGAUGGCGAGGCUCUCCUGUUUGGCCAGAAAGGUUGGCCCAAGCGCUCAUGUCCAACGGGAGUGUUUGGGGUUCGGAUCAAAUGUGGCGAGAUGAAGCUGAGGGCCAUCUCUUUCUCUAAUGAAUCAUGCUACCUUCCUCCGUUACGUUGCCCAGCUGUUUGCCGCCUCGACCCGUAUGAAGGGCUUCCAGAGAGUUACCUCAUCCACGGCGGCCGCACUCCAAAUAACGAGAUCUCAUCCAGCCUGUACCUGCUGACCGUUGAUAGCCGCGGCUGCAAUCGUAAACUGACCCUGUGCUGCAAAGAGAAAGAACUGGUGGGUGAAGUGCCGGGGGCCAGGUACGGCCACACAAUGAGCAUGAUUCAGAGCCGGGGGAAGACAGCUUGUGUGUUGUUUGGGGGUCGAUCAUACAUGCCAGUGGGAGAGCGCACCACAGAGAGCUGGAACAGCGUUAUCGACUGUCCUCCUCGGGUGUUCCUGUUUGACUUAGAGUUUGGUUGCUCCUCUGCGCACAUUGUACCUGAGCUGUUCGAUGGUCAGUCUUUCCAUUUGGCCCUUGCUAGAGAAGACUGCGUCUACUUCCUCGGGGGUCAUUCACUCACAUCUGACUCCCGCCCCCCUCGACUCUUCCGCCUGCGUGUUGAGCUUCUGCAGGGAAGCCCAUUGCUUUCCUGUGAGACUCUAGACACCGGCAUAUCCAUCUCUAGCGCCAUAAUCACCCGCACAGGUCCCACUCACAGAUACAUCGUCUUAGGUGGCUAUCAGUCAGACUCUCAGAAGAGGAUGGAGUGCAGCACUGUGAUUCUCAAUGAAAAAGGGAUCCACAUUGAGCCCCUGGAUCCACCUAAGUGGACCCCAGAUAUCAUCCACAGUCGCACUUGGUUUGGUGGCAGUGCUGGGGAGGGAAGCAUCCUACUUGCUGUGCCUACUGAGGGAAGGCCGUCCCAAGCAGAUAUGCAUUACUUUUAUCAGGUCAGCUUCCAGACAGAGGGAGAAGCCAGAGAGGAAGAAGGAACCCAGGGCUGCAGCCAGGAGUCAACAGAUUACGAUGACUCCACUCCUCUGGAAGACUCUGAGGAGCUCUACUUCGGACGUGAGCCACACGAGCUGGAGGACAGCAGUGAGGGAGAAGAGGGUGCUUACAAUGAGGACGAUGAAGAGGAUGAAUCACAAACAGGCUACUGGAUCAAAUGCUGCCUGGGUUGUAAUGUGGACCCCAACACGUGGGAGCCGUACUACUCCACUGAGCUCCACCGGCCAGCUAUGAUCUUCUGCUCCAGAGGUGAGGGGGGACACUGGGUCCAUGCCCAGUGCAUGGAGCUGUCUGAAACGCUGCUGCUCAGGCUCUCUCAGGGCAGCAAGAAGUACUUCUGCCUGGACCACGGAGGCCUGCCGUACCAGGAGAUGACCCCACCUCGACAGGUCAUGCCUCUGAAGCGCACCCCCAUGAAAGUUAAGGACAGGAAAACUCCUCCGACAAUCAAAAUGUCCCCCAGCAAAAAAAGCUUUUUCAGGAGGCUUUUUGACUGAAUCGAGUUUACUGACCACGGUUUAAACUUCUGUGUGUAAUAAGGAUGUUUAUAUGCAAUGAAUAAAAAACUGAUAAAAGAUACAUAAUAUGCUGAUCUGUACUCUGUGCAAAAUUUUUGUGAAGGAAAAAAACAAACAAUAAAAUUGCAACCCUAUAUUUCCCGUCUAACAUCUGUAUAUUUUCAUUAAAAAUUUAAGUCUAUCCACAAUGUUUCUAUUUUGUGUUUUUACCAGCUAUAAAUCAGAUUGUUGUAAUUUUGUAUUCUAUUAUGUGCCACAAGUUUAACUUCCAGACACUUUCUUUCAUAGCCAGAUGGAGCCGAAC